UUUCCCUCAAAACCAAAAGUCAUUGUCAAACGUUUUCAAAACCCUCACUCUGUCUCUCAAAGCCGCUUCGUUCAUUCCCUAUUUUUUUUCUCUUCUUCCCUACCCACCCACCUCUUCUUCUUCGCUCAAACAUCAUCAAGUUUUGUUUUUUCACCUUCGCUUUUGUGUUUUCUCUUGUGGGUAUCGUUCGCUUUUGGGUGCAAUGGUCCCUGGUUCCAGAACCGAAGGUGGCACUAGUACCCACUUGCUUUCUGCUAGAGUUCGCAAAACCAUUCAAUCCAUCAAGGAAAUCGUUGGGAAUCAUUCUGAUGCUGAUAUAUAUGUUGCCCUUAAAGAAACCAACAUGGAUCCUAACGAAACCGCUCAGAAAUUGCUCAACCAAGAUCCAUUCCAUGAAGUGAAGAGAAGGAGAGAUCGAAAGAAGGAGACAACGGUUCAUACUCAGAAUGUUGGGAACAAGGGUUCAGCUGACCCACAAAGGAGGCAUGCUGAGAAUGGUGGUCAGACAAUGAAAUUUCAUACUCCUUCUGACCGUAAUGUUCAAAGAACGAACUAUUCUUGGAGUACUGUACCUGGCAUCAGCAGAGAAUUCCGUGUGGUUAGAGACAACAGAGUAAAUCAUAUAUAUAAAGAAGUAAAGCCUCCUUCGCUGCAGAACUCAACAUCUGCCAAUGAACAGUUAAUUGUAAACACAUCUGAAAAAGGCUCAUCAUCAGCUUCCAACAAUCAAAGGUCAGCUGGUGCAAGGAAUUCAUCUCAGGUUCUAAAUGGUCCUUCUGAUUCACAUGCUAGAUACUCAAAGGAUGCUGUUUCAAAUGUCACUGACAGAAAAGUUGCAUCUGAGGAUAAGCAAGGCAUGAUUUUGAAUGCAGCAGCACGGGUGCAACCAAUUAAGCCUAAUAGCACCCAUCAAAGUUCUGCGUCAAUGGCAUCAACCAGUUCUGCUGUUGGGGUGUAUUCCUCUUCAACAGAUCCAGUUCAUGUGCCCUCACCUGAUUCUAGAUCAUCAGGUGUUGUUGGAGCAAUUAGGCGUGAAGUUGGGGUUGUAGGUGUUCGGCGACAAUCUUCAGACAACAAAGUAAAACAAUCAUUUGUUCCUAGUAGUUCUUAUACCAAUUCUCUUGUGGGAAAAGAUGGUACAUCUGCAGAAUCACUUCAAUCAGUUGGUGCUGUCUCAAAGACCGAACAAUUUAGUCAAACUGAUGUAUCUGAGCCUCCAUUAUCUGCUACGCCAGUUAGCAGACCGUCCUUGAACAGCCAGUAUAAUAGUAGGGCACAUCAACAACUUGUGGGACAUCAAAGAGUUUCCCAGCAUAAUAAAGAGUGGAAACCUAAGUCAAGCCAGAAGUCAAACAGUAACAAUCCUGGAGUAAUUGGAACCCCCAAAAAGGUUGCUUCUGCUUCACCUCCAGCAGAAAAUUCUGGAGAUAUAGAAUCAGAUAGGGUGGAGCUUCAGGACAAAAUUUCCCAAGUAAAUGUUUAUGAGAAUCAAAAUGUUAUUAUAGCACAGCAUAUACGAGUUCCAGAGACUGAUCGCUGUCGCCUGACCUUUGGUACCAUUGGGACUGAACUAGAUUCUUCAAGGCUUCAAUCUAAGUAUCACUUAAUUGGAGCUUCUGAAAAAUCCAAUGAGGAAUUGACUUUGAGCUUGACAGUACCUGCUCCAGAGUUGUCCACUGAUGAUGUUUCUGGGAGCAAGCAGGUUGACUUGCGGGAUGACCACAUUAGAAGUUCUGGGUCAGACUCUCCAGCAUCUGGUGCUGCUUCUGAACAACAAUUGCCUGAUAACAAAGAUUCCUCAAGCGCUCAGAAUCUGGACAAUUAUGCCAAUAUUGGAUUGGUACGUGAUAGUAGUCCAUCUUAUGCACCUUCAGAGUCACAGCAGCAAGAUUCUCAUGAUAUGCCGGGCUUUGCGGCAUACGAUCCUCCAGCUGGUUAUGACAUUCCUUAUUUCAGACCCACAAUUGAUGAAACUGUUCGAGGGCAGGGUUUGUCGUCACCUCAGGAGGCUUUGAUCUCCCAUGCAGCGAAUAACACUCCUGCGUCCACAAUUGCCAUGGUGCAACAACAGCAACCUCCUGUGGCACAGAUGUAUCCACAAGUUCACGUUUCACAUUUUGCUAAUCUUAUGCCAUAUCGUCAGUUUCUGUCCCCAGUCUAUGUUCCACCAAUGGCCAUGCCUGGAUAUUCUGGUAAUCCUCCCUAUCCUCACCCAACAAAUGGCAGCAGUUACCUGUUAAUGCCUGGAGGUGGUGGUUCCCAUCUUAAUGCCAACAACCUCAAAUAUGGAGUUCAACAGUUCAAGCCUGUUCCUGCUGGGAGUCCUACAGGGUUUGGAAAUUUUGCUAAUCCAACUGGAUAUGCCAUGAUAACUCCUGGUGUGGUUGGGGGUGCAACGGCUCUAGAAGAUUCAUCUCGAGUCAAGUACAAAGAUAAUCUUUAUGUGCCAAAUCCUCAGGUAAUGCUGAGACAUCAGAAAUCUGGCUACAAAAUCCAAGGGAUCUUCCUGGCAUGCAAUCUACUCCAUACUAUAACAUGCCGGGGCAAACGCCGCAUGCAGCUUAUAUGCCUUCUCACACUGGUCAUGCAUCCUUCAAUGCAGCUGCAGCUCAGUCUUCUCACAUGCAAUUCCCUGGUAUGUAUCAUACUCCUCCACAACCAGCUGCCAUUGCUAGUCCUCACCAUUUAGGACCACCAGCAAUUGGCAACAAUGUUGGAGUUGGUGUAGCCGCAGCUACCCCUGGAGCACAGGUUGGUGCAUAUCAGCAGCCCCAAUUGGGCCACAUCAAUUGGACAACAAAUUUCUGAGCUGAUAACCAGAAAAGAAAGUGAAUUUAACCCCUAUGUGUACAAGGGACUGAAGUAGAUAUAGAAAAAUGGCAGUUUUCAUUGUGAAAUGAAUUAACUCAUCGUUUAUUUUUUUUUUACAAAUGCAAUGAGGCAUUAAAUUUUCAAUCUUCUCUGUUUGCAGCAGCUUUAGGAAUUAUUGAGUUUUAGCUUCAAAAGUUAAAUCUCAUCAGUGAUUCCUAAAUUCCUUUCAGAUCAUGCUGAAAAGCUUUUUCU